UAACACACAUACAGAAAGCAGAAAAGACAGCUUGGGAUCUGGAGCCGUGCAGAGCAGUCCGAUUAACAGGAGAGUCGCAAUACACCCUGCCGAAGUUAGAAACAGCAGAGACGGCAUCAUUAAUUGGAGUCAAAAAGACUCAUUUGGUUUAAGGGUGUUACCACAACAGAAAACCUUUACUGACAGGACACCCCCACCAUCCAAUCUCUCCCACCAUCUCCUGAUAAAAGAAAUAUCCAAACUUAAACAGUUCCCUUUUGGACGAAAAACAUCUGGACCUUUUGCAACAAAAUGCUGUGUUGAUGUUAUGAUCUUUUUAAAAUUGCGACAACUGUGAAAAGUUUACUGAAGAAAAGGAGAUAAUGCAACAGUUAGUAAAACUGCUCUUGUGGCAUUUCCUGCUCUUACAAGUGAAAUUUAACCUUGCCUACACGAACGUUCCUGCAAAUGCCAUAAACCCCGAUAGUGUUGUGUUGGCUUAUCAAAACGUGUCUGCUCCGGCUGGGUCGGAAGUUGUACUGCAGUGCUACAGUCAACGGAUGGUAUGGACACAGGACAGAUUGAUAGAUCGUCAACGUGUGGCCCAUUGGGAUUCAUUCUCUGACCAUAAGUUCAAUCGUAUUCUCGAUAUGUUCUCAGGGGAUGAACAACGACUCUAUAACCCCUAUGAUCAGGGUCGGAUAAUGAUGUCACCCUCUGCUUUCUUCAAUGGAAACUUCUCUUUAGUAAUAAAAGAUGUUAGAGCAACUGACCGAGGAAUUUAUUCCUGUCAUCUCCACCACCAUUACUGUCACCUUUAUGAAACAGUAAAUAUUCAACUCAAUAUCACCAAAGCAGCAAGAAAGGUGAAGAGGUUUUGGGAUGGAGAGAAAGAAGUGGUGGUGGCAUUAUUUGGUACAACUGUGGUACUGCCUUGUGAAAAUUACAGCCCCAUCUGGACAGAGAGACAUCGUGAAGAAGAGCAGCAGGUUGUCCAUUGGGACAGAUCACCUCCAGGUGUUUGGCAUGACCAGGCUGACCGGCUAAUUGACCUGUAUGCUUCCGGAGAACAACGAUCUUAUGGCUCCCAGUUUAUUAGGAAAAGGAUGAAUAUAUCAGACACUGCAUUCAAAGAUGGUGACUUCUCGCUGACCAUUUCUAACCUUUGCUUGGGUGAUGAGGGACUCUACUCGUGUGAUUUGCACCACCAUUACUGUGGAAUUCACGAGAGACGCAUCUUCACACUUAUCAUUACACAGCCAAUCAAAGUGAACAUUACACAUAAAACACCAUCUACGGCAGUUGAAAUCCCAAAUAUCAUCAAUGUUUUUAUUCCGGACCAUUCUUCACAUUUUCUUCAUCAACUUGGAUAUGUCCUGGCAACUCUACUGCUUCUGGCCAUUUUGAUAACCAUCAUUGCCCUAAUUACCCGGCAACAGAGAAAGAGAGGUCUUCAAUAUAAUGUGAAGAUGUCUCAACCCAGGAGAACAGAAGUUAAUCUCAGUGAUUUUGUGAUUGACACGACUGGCCUAAAAGCAAACAAAAACGAAGAAAUAAAAUUUGCAGACUACAAGAACAACAUACUAAAGGAGAAGUUUGCAUUGUCCAGAGAGAAGGUGGAGCUGCUCAGGGAGAUUCCUCCAAAGAAUUUAGAUAGAGAUUUUGAGAAGAAAUACUGGAAAUAAAUAAAAUGAUGCUGCUGGCUGGAUCCAGAAGCUGAAAAGUGAAAUGAGGAAAUCAUUUGCCUUUAUCAAUAUCCUUCAAUUAUACAGCGCUUAAUUAAAGUAUACAUAUCAAUGGUACUAACACAAAUUUCCCAAACCUGUGCAGCAGAUUUUGUGGAACCACAACCUGAAACAGCCUUACCAGGAACCUUUCAUUUAUCUCAUACUUCUGUCAUUCCAGACCUAAAGUGGUUUUAUUUAAUGGGGGGACAAGCACUGGUAAACAACCAGCUUCAAUAUUGUUGGUUAAAAGGGAAGCAAUACAUUUCCUGUAGCCGGUAGGAAAAAAUCUAGGAUGUUAGUAGAGGAAGGAUAGACAUUUUGGAAGCAGAAACACAAGGCUAAGUGCUGCUCCUUUCAAAAUUGUUGGUUCUGAUUUUACUUGAAAUGAAGGAGUGAUCACCAUAAUCCAGGGGUUGCAAGGACAACGCUUCAACUCAGCACAGUUACUUUCUAGGUUUGAUCACCUGAGGAACCAAACAACAUGCUUUUCGCAGCAGAAAAUGCUGGAAGUAUUCAGCACUGAUGCCACCUGACCAAUUACAUGUUUCUAGCACUUUUUGUUUUAUUUAGCAGUAUUUGGCUUUUGUGUUACAAUUAACAUUAGUCUGGAUAUCUAGGCUUGUAGUCUCUCCAUCCCUCCAUGACAUAUUCAUCAGUCUGCCUUCAUACCAUUUUCCAUUUUACAACUUGUCUAUGAUCCCUCCCCAGUUCCUUGGUGCACUAAUGUCUUUGUACAUUAUUACUUUGUCUAUUGCUCCAUUGCCAAUGUUUCAUUGCAUCUAUUCUCCAUCUCGAUAUAUAUCUCAAUUCCUGCUUUGUUAAUUGGCUUGUUGAUCCCAAUCCCUCAUUAUGCCUUUCUAUACAUCUUUCAGUCUGUUCUUUCACCUAACGCUACCCCAUCUCCAAUCCUUUAAUGUAAAUGUCCCUCCAACCUGUUCUUCAGUGAGUUUCUCUCCUUACAUCAUUGGUAUUGUCUCCAUAACCAGAAUGGCCAUAUUAACUCUGACAAUGUUUAGUGAUCAUCUUGUCCUUUAGUAUGCCAAUCUCACUCCAUAUUUGAGUGUUUCAUUCUAACUGACUUACUUUCUUUUACAAAUGAAUUUUCUUUCAAUUAGAAUUGAAGUUGUAAGUCUCGGGAAGUGAAAUGUUCCAAUAUGCCAUGAAUGAUUUCUGGUGUAAGCUGCAAAAUAUAGUUACCUUCCCCAUUGUAAUCCAAACCUGCAAUAAUUUUAAUAACUGACACAGAUGCGGUCUUAUUCAUUAUAUACAUUUAUGCAAGAUCAACAGUGUAAUAAUUAUUCAUAUUUGUCUUAUUUUAUACAAAGCUGCCAUUUCAAAAAUCAUAUUUCUAUACCUUUAACUCUCUCAGCUCACAAUUACUGCGACAGCACAGAUUUUAUCUUACCAUUCCAUCUCUCAUUCACUUUUCUUUCCAUGUGAUUCAUAAAUCUUGCUGGCCAAGAAUCAGCACACUAGCCUGGGGAAACAGGGUUCACCCUGGGUUACAUGUCAUAGACCUGCGAUCAGUGAUGAUGAGUCUGGAAUCAGUAGUAGCCGUACAUGCAUAUAUACCGUGCAGCAUCAGCUGUGUCUGAAAUGAUUGUGAUAUCAGAUAGGAUAUAAUACAUUUUAUUAUUUCCUGAACAAGUAUAAACGAGGCUGUUGUUAUAAAAAUAAACGACCAUUCAAUCUUUUUUUCCCCAAGAAGUCAAGCUGAAAAUGGUGCAGAGAAGAUUUACAAUGUUGCCAGAACUCGAGGGCCUAAGCUAUAGGGGGGGGGGGGGGGGGGGGGGGAUUUAAUAGGAACCUGAGGAGUAACUUUUACACAAAAAGAUGGUGGGUAUAUGGAAUGAGCUGCUGGAGGAGAUAGCUGAGGCAGAUACUAUCAUAACGUUUAAGAGACAUUUGGACAGGUACACGCAUAGGAUAGGAUUAGGUCAUGGGUCAAGCACAGGCAGGUGGGACUAGUGUGGAUGUGGGCAUGUUGGUCGGCAUGGGCAAAUUACACCAAAGGGGCUUGUUUCCACACUCUAUGACAUAUGAUAUUUUUAACAAGAAAAAAUUAAGGCAUUAAAUUGUCUCUAUAUGUUAAUGAUAUUUUUAAAACAAAUAUUUCUACAAGAUCAGAUAAUAUUGUUUCAAAGACUUUCUUCGGAUUUGUUUUUAAUUGAGGUUAAGUUUGACCAUUACAAAAGUCAGGUUGGAGAGAGACUCAUAGAAGCUGGCACAGAAUUUGUGUUUUACAGAUGUACGAAAAUAAAGUGAAGGGUGUGAGGGUUUUAGAGUUUGACAAUUUUGGGAGGAAUGAGUUAAGAGCAAGAAAUCAUAUGAUGGUUUUUGAUUUCAAUGCAGUGAGAAUGAAGGGGAAUAGUGAAUAUUCAUUUAUUCACCUUUACCUGUCUUUAUCCAUCUAUCCAAUAAUAUUUUGAUAUAGGAUUUAACUGUUACCCCAGAAAUAUACACACAAUUAGGAAAUCACUGUUGUUCACUAGAAAAUGUAAGUGUAUAGCUUUGGUAGUAGUGCCAUUUCCUCCCACCCUUUUGCAGAUGUUUUUCCACUCUUCCUCCCCCUCCGUUGCAGAUUUUUUAUAGUUCAAUGCUUGUGAUUGUGUUGUCCAAUAAAACUGUGGCAAAUUGGCAUUGAGGAAAGCCAACAAUUGCCGAGACCUCAGUAACAGUGUCCUUCCUGUCUGCGCUCUGGAAGUUGCACUUUGGUCAACUUGCCAGGACAGACUGAUUCCUUAUUCUUGUUCUUCUCAGCUUCUGACUUGCAAGGACAUCCAGCAGUUUCCAAUCCUUUAUUAAGAAAUAUCAUACUGUGAACUCUUUUUAUUUGAAAUAAUGCAUCAAAGCUUCAUUAUCACAAUCCUCCCAAUAUAAUAUUUUUCAAACUCUGAGCCACCAAAGAUAUGCUUAUAUGACCAACCUCUGAAUUUAAAUCUCCAGAAACUCAAAACCAUACUGUUGAAUAGAUAAUGCUGCAAUUUAAAUCUAAAUAAGAUGAAAGUCAAAUAGAAGAUAUGUCCAGGAUGAAAUUAAUUAAAAAAGGGGUACUGGUGCUUGGAUCAGCAUGGUGCAAGGUGUAUUUGAAGUAUGCAGAGCUCGUCACAAAGGAAAGACCUUAAGUUAGACCAAGAGCUAAAUUUUGUUAUUCUCUCAGAUCAUGCAAUGUGUGAUGAGACAGGAUCACUGUAGGGAGUAGAUUAAGCCAAUUGCUAAGGAUGGAAAUCAAGGGAAAAUAGGAAUUACAUUUGGCGCAAUACAAGGUAAUGGGUAGAAUAAUGGUUGGGAUUGAUUCAUUGCAGGGAUUGAGGAAGGGCACAUGAAAUUGCAGAUGAGUUUAAUUGGAAUUGGAUUUUGAUGGGCUAGACGUUUGCAGCAGAAUAGGGCCAACUGGGCCAAGAAUUGACAUUCUAACAAAUGCGGUGCAGAAGAGAGCUAUCAUUUUCUUAACUAACUUAAAAUGUCACUGUAAUAAUUAAUUACAUCAAUUCACGAAAACAAAAUGUAAAAAGACAUUUUGAGUAUUUGGUUUAUCAUUUAAAAAAAUCCAAUGAUAGGUUGCUCAAACCUGGUUUGGGGGGCAAAUAUUGUUUCUUGUAAGAAUUUUGAGAACAUUGUUGGAAAUUUAUGUGAAAGGCUCACGUGCAGUUGGGCAAGGGCAUGGAAAGGACAUCAUGUAUCAGGAUCAAACAUUGCCCCUUUUAAUUUUAAAUUGUAAUAACUUAAUUGGACCAGGACCUAAUAUUCAGAAUUGUGCUCUGAUGAAACAGUCUAAUGUAAAUGUAAUAAUAAGGGAGUCCUGAGCCGUGAGACUCCUGGCAGCUGAUCCAAGGCAAAUUCUACCAGCUUCCCAAGGUAUGUGAAUCUUUUAUCAGACCUUAAGGACCAAGCUGGGUGCCUCAAGAAAACAUUCAACUUACACCAACCCCAAUCACCACCCCAACUAAUAUCCGAACCAAAUGUAGAUUUUCCAGAUUUGUAGUGGUGGGGAGGGAGAGGAAUGGGAAUAGGUCAGAUUUACUUACUUCAUUGGAAGGUUUCAAAUGUGAAACAGAAAACAUAUGAGGUAGAUAAGAUGGAAUACAUAUGUUCUAGUUCUGCACAUUCCUGUUUUCCUAGGCUAUAGGAGCUUACUCAAUACGCUUCUUAUCUGCUUAAUCUGCUAUUUUCUCACUUCAUGCAGUUAUUGUACCUUUUUGUUUAUUACAUCAGGAAGUUAUUUGAUAUACAUAUUUGUGUGACUGUCAUGAACUGCUGUCAGUGCUUUACCUGUUGUGUAUUAAAACAUCAGCGUUGGUUUGCAAUCUGACUGGUGCAGCUAUUGCAAUUAGUAUAACUUGGGCUAUGGUGUAUGAAUAUUAAAAGACACUCUGUAUUGUAUUCCAACAUAAUAGCCCAAUAGAAAUUAUCAGGAGUUAGAUUCAAGUGUGUAGAUUGCCAGUUUUUUAAAAUGUUAGAUUGGUGCCUUCUCACCUACCAAGCGAAUCAUGCUAAUAUUAUAUUCUAAGCUCAAAUGCAAUAUAGUGUAUGCCUGUUUGAUACUGUUCUAAAGAAUGCUGUAAAAUGAGCAAAUGUUCAUGAAUCGAAAUAAAGAGAUCAAUAUGCCUUG